UAGGACCAAAUCUGAUUUACGAAGAAAGUGUGUUUGAAGGCAAAGAAUCCAAUUCAUAUGAAGAAGUUGAAGAUAUUAAAUAUGACAAUCAGAGAGCUACAUUUACAUAUAAUAGCAAAGAAUGCAUUCAACAAACAUUUUCAAAGACGAAAAGUAAUUUAAAUACUAAAUGUAAAGAUUUUUCUGAAAAUAAAAUUUCACACCAAAAUGAAUUAGUACAGGGUAGUUGUUUAGAUAAACGCUAUUCUUGUAUUGUUUGUGGCAAAUCUUUUAUGUUUCCAAGUAAAUUAGCGCGACACAAUAGAGUACAUACAGGUGAAAAGCCAUAUUCGUGUGAUAUCUGCGGAAAAAGUUAUGCCGAAUUCGAUAAAUUGAAGAUACACAAUAGAUUACACACCGGAGCUAAACCUUAUUCUUGUACUGUUUGUAGAAAAACUUUCAAUGAAGCUAGUAAGUUGAAGAUACACCAGCGAAUACAUACGGGAGAAAGACCGUACUCUUGUGAUCUUUGUAAAAGCUUAUUCAGACGUUGUAGUGAUGUCAAAAAACAUAGAAGAACGCAUACAAGAGACCAUCCUUAUUCUUGUAGUAUAUGUGGAAAGACUUUUAAUGACUGUGGCCCAUUGAAUAGACAUAUAAAAAUACAUACAGGGGAAACACUUUAUGCAUGUGACUUUUGUCCGCAGAAAUUUAAGUACAAACGUUCACUGCUACAUCAUAAACAAACUCAUAAUUGUGGUAAGAGUUUCAGUCGCUCUCACCAUUUUAAAUCGCAUAGUAGACUACAUACUGGUGAAAAGCCGCAUUCAUGUAAGGUAUGUGGCAAAAGUUUUAAUGAAACAGGUGAUUUAAAGAAACAUAAUAGAAUAUACACUGGUGAAAAGCCGUAUUCGUGUAAAGUUUGUGGUAAGAGUUUCAAAGUAUCUAGUGAUUUAAAGACACAUUAUAGAUUGCAUACCGGUGAAAGACCAUAUUCGUGUAUUACAUGUGGUAGAAGUUUUAAUAUUUCUAGUGAUUUAAAGAGACAUCACAGAAUACAUACUGGUGAAAAACCUUAUUCCUGUAAUGUUUGUGAUAAAAGGUUCUAUAAUAUAGGAAAAUUGGAACAACAUAAUAGAAUACACACUGGUGAAAGGCCUUAUUUAUGUAAUAUUUGUCCUAAGAGAUUUACUAACUCUAGUACUAAUACAAUCAAAUGAAACGGUCAAAUCAUUUGAUACAGAUGUUUAAAGUUUAAGUUUUAAGUAGGUGUUAGUUUUAAAACGAAAUGUGUCGCAAUAAUUAAGAUUUAUUUACUGAUGUCAAAUGUUAAUUUAAUAUGUCUAGAAUACACUGGCAUUGAAAAAAAAAUGUUAUUUGCGUCAGUGCACAAAAUAUUGUUAUGAUCUUUUGUCUCGUGCUUUUUAUGACAAAGAGGACAAAAACCAAAAAUUAACUAGAUUCUACUGAAUAAAUGAUAUGAGAUUUUUGUGUUUUAUAAAAAGAAUACCACGGUUUUCCAAAUGUAUGCGGACUUACAAAUGUAGGCAAUAUUAAAAGAUAUUGUUAAACACAGUAAUCGACAAUUUUAUGUACAGAAGUUAUUUUUUCACACAUAUGACGGAGAAAGAUGCUCCGUAUUGUAUUAAAAGGUGUUACGUCACAAUUGUUGACUUGCUUCUAAUUUACUCAUAAUUUGAUCAACUAAAGAAAAAUGCAACGAGUAUUUGAUCACCUUCGUGUAUUCCUCGAGCAGCGUAAUGACGUCCCAGAGAGGUCCGUACUGUACGACAGCCCGAGUACGAAAACUUUGACUGGCGACAUUGUGGCCGUAUUUAUAGGACUUGGCUCACGUGCACAUGUAAUUUCAAUUAAUGUUUUUUUACGAUAAUUUUACACCACAAUGUAAUCACGAUUUAUGAUUUAAUUGGAGUUUACUCCUUAAGAAUCGAUUUUCAUAUAAGGCGCCCGGUAUCAGAAAAUGUGGAGAGUAAGACCUACUUAUCAAAUGGCUUAGUAACGUUUUAGGUGCGCAUCAUUUCUCGCGCACUUUUCACUUUCUUGUAUUUUGAAGCUUUACAGAAAUUGAUUUUGUUAUUAUACUUUCAUAAAGUUUUUUAAGACAUA